UUCUGCUCCUUGUGGGUGGGGUCAGCGCAGCUUCCGCUGGAGCCCGGAACCGAGGUCCGGAGGCGCUGGGUCACUGGCUGGAGGUGCUGGAGCCCCCGAAGCCCCAGGCAUCCCGCUCCAGCCCACGACCGCGUUGACGUCUCCUGUGCCUCUGUUGUGAUCCUCAAGCCCAACCCUUACAGAAUCCCGAAACCCGCCUUCCCUGUUUCCCACAGCCCAUUUCCAGCUGCGACUUUACAAAGUCUGAACCCUUUUACCGCCCCGUCCGGCCUUGCGGGGUCAGCUGGAGGGUGGGGUGAGGUUCUAGCCCUGCCGUCCAGCCUCCCCUUUCCGCUCUCCACUCCGACCAUGGCCCAGAAGCCGAAGGUGGACCCCCACGUCGGGCGGCUUGGGUACCUGCAGGCUCUGGUCACGGAAUUCCAGGAGACGGAGAGCCAAGACGCCAAGGAGCAAGUUCUCGCCAACCUUGCCAACUUCGCCUAUGACCCUAAUAACUACCAAUAUCUGAGGCAACUGCAAGUCCUGGAUUUAUUCCUCGAUUCGCUGUCGGAAGAGAAUGAGAGCCUGGUGGAAUUUGCUAUUGGGGGCCUCUGCAACCUGUGUGCAGACAGGGCCAACCAGGAGCACAUCCUGCAGGUGGGCGGCAUCCCGCUCAUCACCAGCUGCCUGUCCAGUCCCAACGAGGAGACCGUGCUGUCGGCCGUCACCACACUCAUGUUCCUGAGCUCGCCGGGCGCUGGCUCCCACCCUGAGCUCACCUCCUUGCCCGUGAUCCAGUGCAUGCUGCGCUUCUCUCUCUCGGCCAACGCGAGGCUCCGGAACCUGGCCCAGAUCUUCCUGGAGGACUUCUGCUCCCCGACCCAGGUGGCCGAAGCCCGCAGCUGGCAGGCCCACUCUGCCCUGGGUAUCCCCCUGCCGAGGACCGAGGCCCCCCAGCAGCCCUGAUCCAAGGGAGCCCAAACGCCUCAGCACCCUUACUCUGGAGACCAAGUCCUGGUAGAGGGGUUGGAGCAGGAAGCAGGGGGGUCAGGAAGCAGGGGAGCACAGUCCACCAAGGUGCUGCUCGCUCAGCCCCUGGAAGGUGAGGUUUUUCAGCACACCAGGUAUUUGCACUGGAAUGAGAAGGCAUUGGGAGUGGGGAGGCCAAAAUGGAGGUGCAAA